ACUCGCGGCACCGCGUGCUUGCUGGGUUCGCCUGGGCUCUCGGCCUCCCUGCGGGCAGGGGUCCUCCCUCCCCAGCGCCGGGUCUCUCCUCCCGCAGGCCCGUGGCCCCCCGCAGCGGCAUUCCCCGCCGCCGCCCCCUCCCCGCCACCUGCGCGGCCGCCCUCGCAGCUCGAGUCAGCUCCUCCCGCUCAGGGGCGGCUGCGGAGGGCGCGGGGCGCACGCGGGCGGCCACCCGACUCUUCCCUCCCUUCUCCCCACCCCAGCCUGCUUCUGCUCAGCCCCACCUCCCCACGCACUCGGCUGCCUUCCUCUCUCCUGAGAGUUGCCCCGCACCUUGGGCGAGGAGUUCAGAGCGGCCCCAUCGCAGAGCCCACGGCCGGCCGAGCGCGCGCGACGCAGGUGCCCGAGCCCCGGCGCCGCCGCCAUCUCUGCCUUCGGUCGAGUUGGACCCCCCGGAUCGAGGCUUCCUGCCUACUUUGGAAACUGAAGGGACUGCCACCUAAAACAGUAAACCCUGGGGCCCUGAAGAGAAUUUGCUGGUUCGAAUGACAAGAGAAAAAAUAAUUGUUCUGUAGGGAUGGUUUAGACCUCAGCUUUUGUUUCCCACCUCCUCACUUCCCUGCAAGCAAAUUAAACAACAACAGUAGCAGCAUCAGCAGCAAAACCCCAAACCCAACCUCAACCAAACCACUUACUGAAAGGGAUUUGUAGUGGUGAGAAAAAGAGACCCAACUGAGGAAUCAUUUGGGAACCUCAGGUGUACUUCUCUGAAGCAAGAUGAUUUGUCAAAAGUUCUGUGUGGUUUUGUUACAUUGGGAAUUUAUUUAUGUGAUAACUGCAUUUAACUUGUCAUAUCCAAUUACUCCUUGGAGAUUUAAGUUGUCUUGCAUGCCACCAAAUUCAACCUAUGACUACUUCCUUUUGCCUGCUGGACUCUCAAAGAAUACUUCAAAUUCGAAUGGACAUUAUGAGACAGCUGCUGAACCUAAGUUUAAUUCAAGUGGUACUCACUUUUCUAACUUAUCCAAAACAACUUACCACUGUUGCUUUCGGAGUGAGCAAGAUAGAAACUGCUCCUUAUGUGCAGACAACAUUGAAGGAAAGACAUUUGUUUCAACAGUAGAUUCUUUAGUUUUUCAACAAAUAGGUGCAAACUGGAACAUACAGUGCUGGCUAAAAGGAGACUUAAAAUUAUUCAUCUGUUAUGUGGAGUCAUUAUUUAAGAAUCCAUUCAAGAAUUAUAACUAUAAGGUCCAUCUUUUAUAUGUUCUGCCUGAAGUGUUAGAAGAUUCACCUCUGGUUCCCCAAAAAGGCAGUUUUCAGAUGGUUCACUGCAAUUGCAGUGUUCAUGAAUGUUGUGAAUGUCUUGUGCCUGUGCCAACAGCCAAACUUAACGACACUCUCCUUAUGAGUUUGAAAAUCACAUCUGGUGGAGUAAUCUUCCAGUCACCUCUAAUGUCAGUUCAGCCCAUAAAUAUGGUGAAGCCUGAUCCACCAUUAGGUUUGCAUAUGGAAAUCACAGAUGAUGGUAAUUUAAAGAUUUCGUGGUCCAGCCCGCCAUUGGUACCAUUUCCACUUCAAUAUCAAGUGAAAUAUUCAGAGAAUUCUACACCAGUUAUCAGAGAAGCUGACAAGAUUGUCUCAGCUACAUCCCUGCUGGUAGACAGUAUACUUUCUGGGUCUUCAUAUGAGGUUCAGGUGAGGAGCAAGAGACUGGAUGGCCCAGGAAUCUGGAGUGACUGGAGUACUCCUCAUGUCUUUACCACACAAGAUGUCAUAUACUUUCCACCUAAAAUUCUGACGAGUGUUGGGUCUAAUGUGUCUUUACACUGCAUCUAUAAGAAUGAAAACAAGAUUGUUCCCUCAAAAAAGAUUGUUUGGUGGAUGAAUUUAGCUGAGAAAAUUCCUCAAAGCCAGUAUGAUGUUGUGAGUGAUCAUGUUAGCAAGGUUACUUUUUUCAAUCUGAAUGAAACCAAACCUCGAGGAAAGUUUACCUAUGAUGCAGUGUACUGCUGCAAUGAACAUGAAUGCCAUCAUCGCUAUGCUGAAUUAUAUGUGAUUGAUGUCAAUAUCAAUAUCUCAUGUGAAACUGAUGGGUACUUAACUAAAAUGACUUGCAGAUGGUCAACCAGUACAAUCCAGUCACUUGCGGAAAGCACUUUGCAAUUGAGGUAUCAUAGGAGCAGCCUUUACUGUUCUGAUAUUCCAUCUAUUCAUCCCAUAUCUGAGCCCAAAGAUUGCUAUUUGCAGAGUGAUGGUUUUUAUGAAUGCAUUUUCCAGCCAAUCUUCCUAUUAUCUGGCUACACAAUGUGGAUUAGGAUCAAUCACUCUCUAGGUUCACUUGACUCUCCACCAACAUGUGUCCUUCCUGAUUCUGUGGUGAAGCCACUGCCUCCAUCCAGUGUGAAAGCAGAAAUUACUAUAAACAUUGGAUUAUUGAAAAUAUCUUGGGAAAAGCCAGUCUUUCCAGAGAAUAACCUUCAAUUCCAGAUUCGCUAUGGUUUAAGUGGAAAAGAAGUACAAUGGAAGAUGUAUGAGGUUUAUGAUGCAAAAUCAAAAUCUGUCAGUCUCCCAGUUCCAGACAUGUGUGCAGUCUAUGCUGUUCAGGUGCGCUGUAAGAGGCUAGAUGGACUGGGAUAUUGGAGUAAUUGGAGCAAUCCAGCCUACACAGUUGUCAUGGAUAUAAAAGUUCCUAUGAGAGGACCUGAAUUUUGGAGAAUAAUUAAUGGAGAUACUAUGAAAAAGGAGAAAAAUGUCACUUUACUUUGGAAGCCUCUGAUGAAAAAUGACUCAUUGUGCAGUGUUCAGAGAUAUGUGAUAAACCAUCAUACUUCCUGCAAUGGAACAUGGUCAGAAGAUGUGGGAAAUCACACGAAAUUCACUUUCCCGUGGACAGAGCAAGCACAUACUGUUACGGUUCUGGCCAUCAAUUCAAUUGGUGCUUCUGUUGCAAAUUUUAAUUUAACCUUUUCAUGGCCUAUGAGCAAAGUAAAUAUCGUGCAGUCACUCAGUGCUUAUCCUUUAAACAGCAGUUGUGUGAUUCUUUCCUGGAUAGUAUCACCCAGUGAUUACAAGCUAAUGUAUUUUAUUAUUGAGUGGAAAAAUCUUAAUGAAGAUGGUGAAAUAAAAUGGCUUAGAAUCUCUUCAUCUGUUAAGAAGUAUUAUAUCCAUGAUCAUUUUAUCCCCAUUGAGAAGUACCAGUUCAGUCUUUACCCAAUAUUUAUGGAAGGAGUGGGAAAACCAAAGAUAAUUAAUAGUUUCACUCAAGAUGAUAUUGAAAAACACCAGAAUGAUGCAGGUUUAUAUGUAAUUGUGCCAGUAAUUAUUUCCUCUUCCAUCUUAUUGCUUGGAACAUUAUUAAUAUCACACCAAAGAAUGAAAAAGCUGUUUUGGGAAGAUGUUCCAAACCCCAAGAAUUGUUCCUGGGCACAAGGACUUAAUUUUCAGAAGAGAACGGACAUUCUUUGAAGUCUAAUCAUGAUCACUACAGAUGAACCCAAUGUGCCAACUUCCCAACAGUCUAUAGAGUAUUAGAAGAUUUUUACAUUUUGAAGAAGGGGAGCAAAUCUAAAAAAAAUUCAGUUGAACUUCUGAGAGUUAACAUAUGGUGGAUUAUGUUGAUUUAGAACUUAAAAUAGAUGUGUAAAUUUGGGUUCAAAAUAUAGAUUUGAGUCCAGUUCAGUUUGGAUGUAUGAUUAAUUUUCAAAUCAUCUAAAGUUUAAAAGUAGUAUUCAUGAUUUCUGGCUUUUGAUUUGUCAUAUUCCUGGUCAUUAAACAUUAAGAAAAUUAUGGCUGUUGCUGUCAUUACAUAUCUAUUAAAUGUCAUCAAAUAUGUAGUAGACAAUGCUGUAAUUAGGUGAACUCUAAAACUGCAACAUCUGACAAAUAGCUUUAAAAAUACAAUGAUUGUAAGUAUGGAAUCAGUGAAAAUAUUUAGUUUGUAUUUUUAUGUCCAAACUUUUCCAUUUUAGAUUCCUUUAUAGACACGUCAGCCUAAAAAUCAGCCUAUUCGGGUGUUCUUUUGAAUAUCUCCUGGCGUUUUUGUAUCUAACUUUGUUCAAUCUGGGAAUUUCAGUUUUCAAUAUCCUUGAAAAUGGCUUAAGUGAUAACUUCCAUUUCAGUUAAAAGAAAGCCCGAAGUUGUGUUUGUGCUGGCCACAGGACAGUGGGAGUUACGGUUCAUAUCAGGAUGACCCUACAUACCCAGGUCAGAUUGACCGGAUCAGAAGGGAACAUCGACUUCUAAUCCAGCUUUCUUGUUAAUUAUGACCUAAAUCUAAUAUACUUCCACUGAACCAUCCAAGACCUCUGGUAGGCAGGGAAAUGGGCAGUGAUGCAAGAAAGGGAGACUCUUUGGAGCUUUUAUGAAUAGUUCAUGGUGAGGACAGAACUUUUCUACUUUCAAACAGACUGCUUGCUAGUUUUAUGAAUUCAGCACACGAAUUAUGCUGUGUUGCUCACAUUCAAACCAAACCAAAGACUAUGUUUAAUGAACUCAAUAUUCAAAUUUAUUAUAUAUACGUAUAUAUAUGUAUAUAUGGAUCCCUUAUAUUUAGAUUUUGCUCGUAGUUUUAUUUGAAAGUAGAAAAGAACUCUACAAAAACAGGAAGAAUAUGUCUUUCUUCCCUUCUUGACUUCUAAUAGAUGUCAUUGAAAUGUAAAAUCUAAGUGCGAAAUUAUGAAAGGAUAUUCUUUAAUUACUGCCCACUGAACACAUAUUUAAUAUGUGCCCAGAUUAUUCUAAAAUCUUAAAAAAGAUGCAUAUAGUGAAAUUUUUUUAAAUGGAUAUACUUUUAAUGAAGUUUUAUAACUCACUGACAAAACGUAUUUCAAUAGUAUAUGAGUAUGAUAUUUCUUAUCAAUUAUGAGUGAAAUAUUCUGUCUGAAUGCAUUUGAAGGCAUUUACAGUAUUUGAUUUCAACAGUUACUGAUUAUGACAUUUUAGCAUGAAAUAUAUCAAACACAUCAUUUGAAGGACAUAUGUAAUCUUGACUAUGGUUAUGGUUUUUUUAAUAUGUAUUCCUUGUUUUCAUAUUGAUAACAUCUAAUUCUUUUGACAAUCUUAAUAUGUAGAUUCAUUUAAAUUUUAAGACAGUUCAGUGCAUAUAUAGUAGAAGCCUUAAGAAAAAAGAAAAUGAGCAAGCAAAUAUUUGAAGAAAUGUAUAAAACUAUAGAUUUCUUUCAGAAAAAAAACCAGGCAUAGGAACAGUUUUCUCUUCAUAUAUUAUGAUUGUGAAUAAUAGGAAAGUUGUAUUAAUUCAGUAUUUGUCAUUAUGCAGUAUUUUAAUGCCUACAUAAGUCUAUUCCAUUAUUAUAUUUUGCGCUUGGUAUAUUUAUUCCUUUAUGCUUUUAAUCACUAACAUAUUUUACUUAAGAGUAUAAAACUAUGCUAAAUAAAUUGUAUUGUAUAUGGAAUAUGCUUGCCAUUAUGAAGAACAGCUGGGUAUACCAUUAUUUCAAGCAAUAAAUCUGAAUUCUAUUAGUUUAAAAAUUGUAAAAUUCAAGUUAAAUGACAUGUAUGAUAUAUAAGCUGAACACAUUUUCUAUAGCCCUUAAUUUAGUUGUGUUAAUUUUUCAAGGUGAUGUAUCAACAGCUUUUUUUAUUUUGCAUUUGUUUUUUCAAUGUGUUUACAUUGUAUGAAUUGAGCUUUUUGCCCACAGACUCUUGAUUUGUAGUUGCUUAGCAGGAUUUUUCUUUGUGAUAUGAUCACUUCUAUAAAAAAUAUGAUGUACA